UUGCAGUUCAAAGUUGUUGUUCCUGAUUUUUGUGGAUAUAAUCGAGAGUUGGAUUCACAACGAGGAAGUUGUGACUAUGUUACAAGCCAAAACCUACCAUUCCGGUAUCCGUUUGAGUGCAGAUUCUGCUCAGCCAAAUAUACUCUAUGUUCAUACGAAGAACUACGCUCCACCAAAAAGCCAACAAGCCCAAAGAAUGUGUCUGUUCCGUUAUGUAGCGCCGACUUUCAUACUUUUUCUCUUAUAGCUACUGUAACAGCCGUCUUUUUCAUAUGUUAUUUGCCAUAUCACAUAGAACGAUUGAUAGUACAGUAUACGAAACAGCAAUGUAACAGUUCGAUGUUCUGCUUAUUGCUCUAUCCAGUUACAGCUACUGUAACAGCCGUCUUUUUCAUAUGUUAUCUGCCAUAUCACAUAGAGCGAUUGAUAGUACAGUAUACGAAACAGCAAUGUAACAGCUCGAUGUUCUGCUUAUUGCUCUAUCCAGUUACAGUUCUGGACGAAAGCAGAUGCUCUAGAGGCACAGUCUGUGUCAAUAGCGUUGUCUCUUUUGCAUCCGGGCCAUCGCUACGCUACGAUCGCGCGCGUAUAGCUUCUGCACUAGUGUUUGCCUCAUCGACUAGAUGCGUAAUUCCUAAGCUAUAA